AUGGCUGUCUCAUUUGUUGUUCCAUUCCGCCUAGUGAAAUCAUACUAUUACACCAUUAUACGUACAAUCGUGAGUUCACCUCAACUGAAUAUUGAAUUGGAAAUGAGAAGACUUAACCAGAGAAAACAAUUCACUAAAACACUUGAUCUCUUCGACAAGCAUCAAAAUCGUGGAACAUUAACAGAUAGAAUUAUUGUUCAAGCACUUAAAGCUUGUACUCAAUUGGGUUCUCUUGAACGGGGUCAAAACAUUCACAAGAAGCUCUCAAGUCAACUUAAAAAUGAUAUCUAUGUUCAAACGUCACUUAUACAUUUCUAUAUGCAAUGUGGUCGAGUGAACGAUGCUCAACGUGUUUUCGAUUCAUGUGUCAAUAAAAACAUGGUUCACUAUGGUGCGAUGAUGAAAGGUUUUAUACGAAAUAACAUGCCUGAAAAAUCAAUCGAGACAUUCAAAAAUGCGGAUGACCAAGAUGCAAUUGUUCUCGGUCUUCUGUUUAACAGCUGUGCUCAAGCUCGAACUGCUGAAGCAUUAGAUUUUGGCAAACGAGUAUGGUUUUCGACUUCAGACAUUCAUCGUAAGCACGAGUAUACUGUGGUCACUGCCUUUGAUAUGUUCAUCAAGUGUGAUGACAUUUCAAAUGCAGAGAAAGUAUUCAAUCGAAUGAAACGGAUUGUAGUUACUUAUGGACAAAUGAUGAAAUGUUAUAAUGAUCAUGAUAUGCCUAUGAAAACUAUCAAUCUCUAUGAAAAAAUGAAGAAUGAGAAGAUUGAAGCAAAUCCAAUCAUUUUUCUUCUGGUGAUUAGUGCAUGCGCUGAACUAGGACUGGAGUCUCGUUGUCGAUUGAUUGCAAGUCAAAUUCCGUCUUCGAUGUUAUCUGAUCCGGACCUUCAAACUACCUUAAUUCAUAUGUGGGGCAAAGUAGCAUGUGUGAAGGAAGCUAAACAAAUCUUUGAUCAAAUCGAUACACCUAAUUGUGCCCUGUACACUGCUAUGAUUAAUGCAUAUGGGUUGAAUGGAAUGGGCUAUGAUGCAAUUCAGCUGUAUCAUCGAAUGCCAGCAGAAAUGAAGAAUGAAAAAACACAUGUCUGUGCGUUGAAUGCUUGUUCACAUUCAGGUCUUGUUAACGAAUGCCGUUCAAUUUUUGCGAAGAUCUCAAUCAAAAGCAAUUAUAUUUACACAGCGAUGAUAGAUUGUUUGAGUCGUUCGUUUUUCUUUGAUGAAGCAAAACAGUUAAUCGAAGAGUUUGAGCGACAUCAGCCCCCUUAUCUACUUAUGUACAUGUCCGUGCUGUCCGGUGCACGCAAUCGAAACGAUGUUUCUCUUGCAAGACAAAUCACUCAACGAAUCAGACAACUGGGUCAUGUUGACAACGAUAACCUGGCAUCGGCUUCGGUGCUUUUCACAAACAUAUUAGCAUCGUCAGGUGACUUGGAAGAAGCAUCACAGCUAAGGUUUGAAAUGGAGCAAUCAGAUCGAACCCAUCCACGAACAGAAGAAAUCUAUGAUGAACUUCAUCGAAUCGAAAAAGAACUCAUUGAACACGGCCACAAAUUCGAUUCAAGUUGGAUCACGCGUGAAAUGAUGGCCGGUGAAACUGUCGCAUCCAUUCUCAACAGUCACAGUGAAAGAUUAGCACUUGCAUAUAAUUUUAUUCAGCGACCAGUUCCACCGCGAAUUCAAAUUGUGAAGAAUCUUCGCAUUUGUGGUGAUUGUCAUGCUGCAAUCAAGUUGAUCAGUCGAAUUCGUCGAUGCGAAAUUUUCAUUCGUGAUGCGAAUCGUAUUGAUCAUUUCUCAGAUGGAAAAUGUUCGUGUAAUGAUCAUUUCUAA